GGUCCUGACAGCUGUUCUGAUGUACCCUAUGCUCAGGAUCUUUAGCCUCUGGUUCCACUCCUCCCUCACCAGGAGCUAUGUCUCUGGCACUUACUCCAUCGUUUUUGUCAACUGUCCCAAUGAGCAAAUUGCCAGAGACAUUGCCAGGGCCAUACUGGAUAAGAAGUUGGCUGCCUCUGUGAACAUCUUGCCUAAGACAUCUUCACUGUACUUUUGGAAGGGAGAAAUAGAAGAAUCCACUGAGAUCUUGUUGCUAAUAAAGACAAAGACUUCCAAGAUCUCCAGGCUGUCCACUUACAUGAGGUUGGCUCAUCCUUUUGAAAUCCCAGAGGUCUUCAGUAUUCCCAUGGACCCAGGAGAUGCUCGCUAUUUAAAGUGGCUUGAGGAGGGCAUGAAGGAAAACUAAGCAGAUAAACUGCAGGCUGCUGGCUUGGCUGUAAGCCUUUCCUGACUGUGCUCUGGGAAAAGCAGGCCUCCUUCUGCCUCCCUAGGGGGUUCCUAACAGCACAGAAGUGACCUAUGCAUGAUGAAUGAAGGGCUGAGAAUUUCAAGGUCCGAAGUGAAGGCCAGCCCGACCAGCAAGCACCAAUUGAAGCCUGUCUCUGAGUGCUGUGUGUUUGCAGGUGGACAGAGGGUGAGGAUGCAGGGACAGAGGGGAGGUGGCAGUGAGGGCACUGGGCCUGCUGUAAGUGCUCAGGUGUAAGUGCUCCUCUGCUUCUCAUGGGGACAAAGGGCCUUGCUCACCUGGGUGUGUGCGGGAUAAACAUCUAAA